GAAAAUGAGAUGCCGAUGAGAAAGAGGAAUAGGAUGGGAAGUUUUGUGAAGCUGCCGUCUCUUCAUUAUCGUGACUGGAGCGGCAGCUCAGACCAGACUACUGCACCGAUAAAUGAGAGAAGUGCUGAGGAUCAAAAUUCUCUACAGGACAGUGCCUGUGCUCUAGAGGAUCAUGGUCUUCAGGAACCUCUAUCCAGUGGUCUUGAAGUCGUUCCUCCUGCAGAUCAGCAGGUUCAAACCCCUCCAGCUCCAGUCCACCACAGUCCAGCACCAGGUCACAGAGUGGACGUGACAACUGAGGACGACAUUCUGAGCCGGUUUGAAAUCGGCAAAAUGCUUGGUGAGGGAGGAUUCGGCUCUGUUUAUGAAGGGAAACGCUUGGAGGAUGGCCUUGAGGUGGCUGUGAAAUUUGUCAAAAAGUCAGAGAGCAUGGAAUACAUCAACAUUCCUGGUCAUCCUGCACCCCUCCCAUUAGAGGUCGGCCUGUUAACCCUUGUUAAUAGGGGCCCCAAAGUUCAAGAGAUCAUUGAGCUGCUGGACUGGCAGGACCAGCCUGACCAAUAUAUCAUGGUCUUGGAGCGUCCCUCACACUGCAAAGAUGUGUUUGAUUUUUUGGAUCAUCACGAAGGCAUCCUCAAUGAGGAAACGGCACGGUUUAUAAUGGCGCAGGCAACAAUGGCCGCUCACAUGUGCUGUCGCCGUGGAGUUUUCCACAGUGACAUUAAGGCGGAGAACCUGCUGAUCAACUCAGAAACCCUUGAGGUCAAAUUGAUUGACUUCGGGUGCGGGGAUUUCCUCCAAGAGUCCGCCUAUGACAUCUUCUGUGGCACAGAUGAGUACUGCCCACCUGAGUUCUACACAGAGGGCAAGUACCACGGUAAACCAGCUACUGUGUGGUCUCUGGGAGUGCUCUUAUUCCUAUUGGUGUGUGGACGCUUUCCAGAACCCAAAGACCUGGAGAUGAUUUAUGAUGACAUCUGGUCUGAGCCUGGCUUGUCAAACGAAUGCUGCCACCUGAUUCGAUCCCUCCUGCAGGAAAACCCAAGCCGGCGGAUUGGUUUGGGGAAAAUCAUUUUCCAUAAAUGGUUUAAGAUGAAACCAAGCGGACAUCUUUUAUCAUUGGCCGAAAGAGAAAACGAAGUUCUCGCAGUGCUCAGGUGUACGACUCCCAUGAGAGCACAUCCUCAACAUCCAGCACCGAUGUGGCUGAAACCCAUCAGCAUUUUAGUGUUGGUGAGGAAAAUGAGAUGCCAAUGAGAAAGAGGAAGAGGACGGAUAGUUUUGAG